AUGCUACGAGGGUGGAUUUUCGCCAGACGUUUGGCCACCAAGACGAGACUGCCGCAGGGCAGGAUACCAGAGUCUCCGUCUAUGAGCGACGAUGAGCUGCUGGAAGCGAUCGAAAAUGACCCCGAGAUCGUGAACGACAAAAAAUGGCGAAAGUCGUACUACCACCAGCUCUCGCAGCUGUCUGGAGUGCUGGACUCGCGAUUCCAGGAGAAGCUGCAGAAAAACCUGCGCAAAAUCGAAAGCUACAAUGUGCGCAUCAACACCCCGAUUGAGGAGCGCAUUCGCGUGGAUCUCACCAAGGAAAACCUCACGUUCAGAGACUUCUAUUCCAAUGUAUUAGUUGCAAAGGCUAUCGAGAGCUCGACUGGCAUCACCACGGCAACAGAAUUCCAGAAACGGAUCCUUGCACUGGCCAGCGGAUACGUGAGCACAGUGGCCGUAGGCGAGCCGGGAACAGGCAGAAGCACGGCAUUGCUCACGCACGGUCUCUUUCUUCGCCGUGCUCCGGCUCGCGGAGAGGGAAUAAACUCGCUCGUGUUGGUGAACUCCGGGUUGCAGGCAGUUCAAAUGCAAAAGUAUGCGGAAAAAGUGUACCAGAGCAUCCGUCGGGUCAAACCAAAGAGCCUGCCCAAUAUCCAGACGAUGGCACAGUUUCUGUACCGCGCAGACCAACAAACAGAAGAGCAGCAGAUCAAAGACCUCAUGGAAACUCCGUGCCCCCACGUCCUCGUAUCCACGCCCCAGCGUCUGCUGGAUUUGCUGGCCACUCGAGGUAUGGAUUUCAUGAAGGUGAACAGUCUCGCAUACAUUGGAGUGGACGACAUUGACCAUAUGAUGGACGUCGACGCGCCGAUCGACGACCAACGCAAAACGCCUAUCGUGAAGCUGCUAGAUUACGUGCUGAAGCUCCAAGACUACCGACGUUUUCACAACGAGCCGCAUCCGCAGCUGCUGUUCACCACCACGGCGCCCACUCCGCGGUCGUUUUUGGACGAGUUGCAGGAAAACACUCAAUGGUUUGACUGGAGCAAAUUCCACGAAAUGGGCAAUUUCUCCAGGGGAAACAUGGCCCACACUUGUGUUGUGCCCAAGAACGUCGGCGUGGGGUGCGUUUUGGUGCGGCCAACCAUGACCAAAUCCAAAAAAGUUCGCACAAAUUUGGUAAACAUGAAAGCCCCAAAUUACGGCGACCGCCAAGAUUGGGAGCAGCAAGCCGACGGAGAGACGGCCUAUGUGAAGUACUGGAAACGUAAACGCAGCCUAAUGGACAAGCAGGUUCGCGAGGGCGAGCUGGCGGUGCUCGUUUCCGGACUGGUCAAGCUGCUGAAGAAGCAGAGACAGAAUUUCCAGAAAUCUGUCUUGGUGAUCGUUUCUGACGAAACCAGUGUGUUCAAGGUACAAGGCCUGCUCGCAAAGCUUGGGAAGAACGCCGAGGUGUAUAAUGGCCAAGAAAUUGGCACGGCUGCAAAAGAAAGGCUGCUAGUUGCCAACGUUAGCACGGUCGAAGGCAUGACGUUCAAGUCUCUGGACACCAUGAUUGUUCUUGGCCUAGACGCGCUUCGCGACACAAAAACGUUUGUUAGUCUUUCCGGCAGGUUCCGCAACGGGACUGGAUUGAUUGAGCAGGACCAAUUUGGCCUUGUGGACGACGAAAAGGAGGUGAAAAAUAAACUGAUAAUUUUGUCACCGGUUCUGGACAUUGGCGAAGAAGAAAGAAACCACUUACGCCGUCUGUGUCUGCGUGGCGGCCUUGUCAAGUGGAUCGACGUCGUGGGAAUUUCCGAAUGA